AUGGCAGAGCUUGCAUCAUAUAAACGAGCCAAAGAUCAGGAGAGGAAAGAGAAGCUGCAAGGACACAUUCCCAAAGCAGAAAAGGGACUCAAAGAGUACCUGGAAUCCGAGGAAGGCCAAGCUGAGCGAGAAAAGAACAGACUUGAGUUCGAAAGAAUGGCCGAGAAUGUCGACUCCGAUGCAUCAGAUGGUGAAAGAGAAGAAGACGAAGAAGCAGAAGAGCCAGAAGUUGAUAUUUCGAGAAUGUCGAAGUCAGAAAAGAAGAAACUUACGAAAGGAAAGAAGGAUAAAGUGGAAGAAUUCAGUCUUGAUACAUUCUAA